AUGGAUUCGCCCGUGACGAUCGCGGACAGCGACAGCUUGGACGUGUACAAGACGGCGAUUGCUGGCAACGACGUGUACAUCACCGACUACGAAGGCGUCAUCAAGUACUCGACGCUCGAUUCGUCGACUUGGACCGUGCGCCCGUUCGGCUACGUGGACACGGACUUUCGCGCGCGCGAGUUGGCGUCGGACGGCGUCGACCUCUGCGUGAUCACGUACAGCUUGGAGAUUGCGUGCGCCAAGCUGGCGACGGGCCUCGAGACGUGGACGACGUACCCGGGCAAGUGGCAGGCGAUCGCGGUCGCCAACAACACGCUCACGGCCGUGGCGUUUGUGGACCGCGACAUCCAGGUCACGCAGCUCAAGUAA